UCUCUUUUUUUCUUUUCUUUUGCGUGGAGGUCACUUUAAUUUUCUGCAACAACAAUUUCUCAGUUAUUGUGUGUACAAGACUUAAAGUCAACAUGCACGAAAUUGGAAGCUUUGGUGCUGGGGGAGUUUAAUCAAACAGUGGCAUGCUUAGGUAAUCAUAGACACUCACCUAGCUAUAGCCUAUAAAUAAAGAGGUUUUAGCUAUUCAUUCUCAUUUAUCUUUGCUUAGCAAGAUACGUCUUCAUUUUCAUCGAAAUUGCAAAAAACCAUGGCAAAUCCUAUGGGUGCAAUAAGCAGCUAUUUCAGUAGCAUAAUCAUGAUGGUGGUUUUAUAUCUGGGCCGAAUGGGUGCAACACAUCACAGUCUCCAUAUCAGUGAACCAGAAAGAGGAACGGCUUUCUUCAUCUUUGGGGACUCUUACUUUGAUGUAGGAAACAACAAUUACAUCAAUACUUCCACUCUUGACCAAGCCAAUUUCUGGCCCUAUGGACAAUCUUACUUCAAGUCCCCUACCGGAAGAUUUUCUGACGGCCGUUUGAUUUCAGAUUUUAUUGCUGAACAUGCAAAUGUUCCAGUGCCGCCACCCUUUCUGCAGCCUGGGAAUAAACAGGAUUAUAGCAAUGGAGCAAACUUUGCAUCGGCUGGAGCUGGGUCUCUUGUCGAGACUUUCGAGGGAGCAGUGAUUGAUUUGAAGACCCAGUUGAACAACUUCAAGAAGCUCAAAACUUCGUUAAGAAACAAGUUGGGGUAUUCAAAAUCGGACAAAAUAUUGAGAAGUGCUGUUUACUUGAUUGGCAUUGGGACCAAUGACUACUUAAGUCCCUUUUUGACCAAUUCCACAGUCCUAUCUGCCUAUUCUCCUUCCCAAUACGUACAAAUGGUCAUUGGCAACUUGACUACAGUGGUACAAGAGAUGUACAAGAAGGGAGGCAGAAAAUUCGGGUUUCUGAAUUUGGGUGAGUUGGGAUGUUUACCUGCCCUAAGAAUGCUUAAUCCUCCUACCAAAAAUGGGUGUUUACAAGAAGCUUCAAAAUUGGCGAAAUUACAUAAUCUCGAGCUUAACAAUCUUCUCUUAGGAAUGCACAAACGAUUAGAAGGAUUCACCUACUCACUUUACGACUUCAACCGUAGUUUGAAACUGAGGAUGAAUCAUCCCUCCAGAUAUG